GCCUGCAUUUCAUUCUGCGGACUGGUGCCGUUAAUAGUUCAUCGUAUUGAAACGAAUAUUUAUGAUUGUGAUGCCUAACCUAGCAUGUUUCUGUUCGCAACUGCUGCUGCUACAUCUUCUGGACCAAAGACAUACUCUGAACGUCGCAAAGAGGCUGAGAAACUUGCUGCAUUGAGAAAUGCUCAACAUCGCAAGAAGAGCCGACGGCAGUUGGAGUUGGAGUCGAGGGAAGAAGGGCUGCGCAAGAGUCUCUUCGAGCGGGCGAAAGAAGAAGAAGAAGCCGGCUCUGGACAGCAGAAUAAAGCAUUGGCGAUGAUGAUGAAGAUGGGAUUCAAACCUGGUCAAACAUUGGGUCCAUCAGACGAGGUUGCGACUAAACCUGAUACUUCUGCUGCGGGCCCUUCGUAUGUUCUUGGAAAGCGAAGGCUCUCCGAACCUCAAGAAGAUGAAGCCAAUGGUAUGGCUACCAUUGCUUCCAGACAUAGAGCGGUACCUCUGCCAUUGAGUGAAUGGGCAGGCAAGAAGGGGAUUGGACUGGGCAAACGAGCCGCUUCACCCAGCGCAACUGAACGAUUGGCUAAGAUGGCGAAGAUGGCAGAGGAUCGCGACCAUUUGGAUUUCCGGGACCGCGCCCGUCAAGAAUAUGAAGAACGACGUGCGGAAGGUCAAUUGGGACCUGCCCAACGAACUUGUGUCACAUUGGAUGAGAAAGAUGGACGAGAGUUCAAUGUUCUGUGGUUGAACCCGAACAAUCCGGAUGGAUUCCCGGAGGGUUUCCUUGAUGCCUUGAAUGAUCCUGUUCUCGUUGCCUCCAUUCAUCGGAACCGCGUUGACACCUCUCUUGAGGGACGCCUACGCGCUCGAAUGCAGGCAGAUGCAUUGCAGCCGUUGACUUCAACUCUCGAUGAUGUCGAGAGUCGCAAGGAUAAGGUUACACUUGCGAAGACAACUUAUUCGGAGGAAGAUAUAAAGGAAGCCACUCAAUUCUUGCGACUUGGCCCGAAAGAUAGACUCACUCUGGUCCUGGAGUAUUUACGACGGCGAUAUGCCUAUUGUUUCUGGUGCGGUACAGAGUACAAUGACCAGGAAGACCUUGAGAACAAUUGUCCCGGCCCCGAUGAAGAGGAUCAUGACUGAGCCAAGGAUAGCUAAUUACAGGAGCUGUAAACAAGAAUUUGAUAUGCUAGGCACGACAAUGUAUCAAAUUUAUAGCAGGAUGCCGUCAAUAGACACAAAGAAUGACAUCUGUGAUGGGUGCUGAAAUGGACAAUGGCGGGAUAAACCGCCCGGGGAGGGAGCGUGUGUUGAAAGGGCACAAAAGAGUCGAAGCAAACAGAGUUGAUAACUG